ACAUAAAUUAUUCUUUAUUUCUUUUUCCAGGUUCAUCUAGGUCGUAGUGAUGAUGGUCAUCCUGUUGUCGGCUACGUGGCCAUUACACAGUUACAAGCUGCUCAGAAAGACGAUUUGCGCUCGGCACAGAUGGACGCCAUUUUGAAGUGGCUUAACAACUUCCAUGUGUACAGUCAUCGUCUUGAAGGACUACAGGAAGUAGUGGCCUUUGACGUCCUCUGUGGAAACUUCAACUUCGACAACAUGUCUCCAAGUGAUAUGACAGACUGGAGUCAUCCAUUAUUUCUCAUCUACCACGACCCUUGUCGAUUGAAACCUGGUCUUGAUAAGCACUGGACAGUGGGUACAUUGAUGCGAUCUCAACGGCUGCACGAUCAAGAGGUGUCCACACCUGAAAACCUCCAGAGGGUGUUAGAAAACAGUCAGAAGCGGAGUACGUACGUGGAAGAUGUGAAGGUAUGGGAAGGAACAGAAGGCCAACAUCCAUGGAGCACAUUCGAUUUGAGGAAUUACCAAGGCAACGGAAAGAGGAGGGUUGAUUACGUGCUAUGCAGCAAUUACAAUACACACAUGAUGCAGGAGUGUGAGGACUACGCCUUUGUGACCCAGCUGGCCACCUUGACCGAUCACAUCCCGAUCAGUAUGACCCUAUCCACCUCGCUAGGCCCCGCCUGCGUCAAGGGUUGGCCUUCUGGUGCUAACCACUCUGGCCAUGAUGAGACAGAUCGUGCAAAGCGAUGUAAACUUCAGUACGAGACCACCGUAUGACGACGGGCAUCAUUAACGACAUCGAUGGUGCAUUCAUAGACGAUAUCUUUGUUUUUCCUACUGUAAAGAUGAUUGUGUUUUAUACGGUAGAUUAUGAUGUAUUUAUGAACUUACUCUAACCACUCUAACCAAGAACAUCUGAUGUACUUUUUUCGGUUAAACAAUUCCUCAAGAUUGUUUGUGUUAACAAUCUUAUCAGAAGUUUUGAAGUUUAUUGUAAGAAGAAGAAUUGUUUUUCAAAAAAGUUGUACCAAGGAGAAAGGGCAUAAAAGUGACACAUUCCCUUUUAAAACGAUGAUUUUUUAAUGUAAUUUUACUACUACCUUAUUGAGCUAAAUAGCACAAUAAUGACUUCGAAGAUACUUUUAGUAUACAUGAAUAUCAAGAUAUCAAGAAUGUAAAGCGGAGUUAAGAGGAGAGGAAUUUGAUGAAGAGAAAGGAGAUAAAAGAUGAUGCCGAAAAAUAAAUAUUAAAGAAGGAGAAGAUGAAGAAAAAAAA